AUGGGCCAAUUACAUUCCAUUUUAAAAACAAUUGGUAUUAGUAGUAAUACAAAUACUUACCAUCGCGUUCCUACUGAUGAAUCAGAUGAAACUUUUCAACAAGAAUCACACCCACGUCAUUGUCAUCAUGUUACAACCAAUAGAGCUGAUCAAAAUAAUUUACUUAUUUGGUUAGAUGAAAAUUCAAAUAAAUUCUCAUUAGAUACUGAAUAUACAAAAAAUAUAUUUUGUAAAAUUUAUCCUGGAUCUUGCGUAUUUUAUGAUCAAUCUCAUCAAUUUCUUACUGAUAUUCAUAAUAAAAAAUUUCAAAAUAAUAAAAUCUUAUUAAUAAUAUCUGGUUCAUUAGCUAAACAAGUAUUACACAAAAUAAACAUAUUUACAGUACCUGUUGUUAUUAUAUUUUGUUCUAAUUAUAAUAAUUAUAUAAACUUGAAAAGUUACAGUAAUGUUGUAGAUGUAUGCACAGAUUAUGAAACAUUAAAAUCUCUUAUUCAACGUGAAUUACCAUCAUUAAAAUUUUGUCUCAGUAACAAUACACCAUUAAAAUCGUUGAAAUCUUUAAUAUCAACAACUCGAUAUGAUGUAAACAUAGGAAAUGAAACAUGUUUUUCUUAUAUUCUAAUUGUUGAUUUAAUAAAACAAAUGCCACAAACAGAUGAAUCAAAAAAAUUAUGGUUAGAAAAAUGUGCUGAAUAUUAUCGUGGAAAUCAAACUGAAUUAAAACAAAUCGCUGAUUUUAGUAAAGUAUAUAAAGCAGAUGAUGCAAUUAAAUGGUAUACAAAAGAUAGCUUUUGUUAUAAACUUACAAAUCUUGUACUUCGUAUAGAUGAUAUCGUGUUUUGGUAUUCAUUCCGAUAUUAUAUAGUUGAUCUGUGUAAAGAAAUAGAACUUGCUCACAAACAACAAAAGUACACAGAAAUUUUAACAUUAUAUCGAGGACAAUCUAUGUCUCAUGACGAACUGAAAUCAAUUAAAGAGUUAAGUGACACGGAUAAAUUAUUUUGCACAACUGCAUUUUUUUCAACAACAAAAUGUAUUGAAGUAGCAAAAGGUUUCAUUGGCGGCAUGGAGGACUGUGAUGAUCAACGUAUUCCGAUUCUAUUUGUGAUAACUGUUGAUACGAUCAAUUUAAAAACAGUUACAUUUGUUGAUAUUGAACCCUAUUUUACUAAGAAGAAUUAUAAGCCUAGAGAUGAAGACGAAAUUUUAUUUACUAUUGGUUCAAUAUUUAGAAUUACAGCUGUAGAACGGGAAUCAGAAAAUUCUAAAACUUGGAAAAUAUAUAUGGAAGCUACUGAUCAUGGUUCAGAUAUGAUACAACGUCAAAUAGAUUUAAUGAAAAAUAAAUAUCCAAAUGCUGGAAUAAAUUCACUCUUUGGUCGAUAUCUUAUGGAUAUGAAUCAUUUAGCUAAAGCAAAAUCAUACUUUCAAAUGUUAUUACAUGAAUUAGAUAGUCCAAAUCUUGAACAACAAUAUCGUAUAGAACUAAUAUUUAUUAAUAAUUCUCUUGGUGAAUUACACAUGCGUAUGACAAAUUAUGAACAAGCUUAUCAAUAUUUUAAAACUGCUCAUACAAUUCAAUUGAAAUAUAAUACAACGAGCAAACUCUUUAUAUCCGAUAUGUUCUUUGGUAAUUAUUAUAAAGCGAUAGAUCAUCAUCGGUUAGCAUAUGAACACUAUAUGGAUGCAUUAUCUAAUAUGAAUAAAAAUGCUGAGGAAAAUAAAAUAAAUAUUAUUCGAUUAAAUAUGAAUAUUGCAAGUAUUAAUGCAAUCUGUGGAGAUUAUCAUAGAUCAAUUGAAUUAUGUACAAAAGUAGAAUGUUUACUUAGAAUACCACAUCCAACAUAUUCUUCACAUUUUGAAAUGAUUAUUUGUCAAGGUCUAAUUGGUGAUAAUUAUUUUAAACAACAAGAUUAUAAUCAAGCGAAAUUUUUUUAUUUAAAUGCUUUUCAUAAGUGUGAACAAUAUCUUUAUAUUGGUCAUAGACAACUUAUACAUUGUAUUCGUUCAUUGGUAGAAGUUGAUCGAAAAAUAUGUAAUGAUAAUGAUAAGAAAGCAAUUGAUUUUUGUCAAAAACAAUUAGAACAACAUCGAAAACAUCUAGCAUAUAAUCAUUCAAGUAUUGCGCAUCUUUUAAUGAAAUUAGGUGAUAUCAAACAAAAUGUUGAGCAUUAUAAAGAAGCACUUGAUAUUCUGACACAUAACGACUAUCUUGAAUAUUUAACAAUAGCACAAUGUUAUAAAUUUAUUGGUGAUUAUUAUUUAAAGAAUCAAAUGAAUCAAAAUAUUGAACAAGCUCAUGACUAUUUUUGUAAAACACGAGAAAUUUAUAGAGAAAUUUAUCCAAAAAAUCAUCGUUCUAUAAUUGAAAUAGAAAGUUUGAUUAAUUCAAAUAGAUAA